AUGGCGCAGCAGCUGGGUCAUGAUCCUUAUGAAAGUGUUCGGGGCGUUACUCAACCCGAAUGGCAUGACCGUCCACUUAUAAAGACUAUCCUUGGUCUUAAAGGAAAUUUUUCACUCAUCACCGGGUCAGAUCCGGAUCUGAUGUAUUUCUUCCAUAGGUACCUGAAUGAUGCAGAUUACUACGGUGGGUUUGAGCAGGAAGACCUGGACCAACUAUUUGACGCCAUUAGAGCUAAUUACAAAGCCUGGGUUUCUGGCUUUGCUCCAUUGGCUGUAGGUGGAGAUAUGGAUUCCAUCGCAGUUCAAGAGUUUAGCCGGACUCUCUUCAAUGUCCGCCCUGACAUCGCUUUAAGCGUUGCACAGACCAUAUUCCAGAGCGACUUGAGAAACAUUCUUGGCCUUGUGACUGUUCCUUGCCACAUUGUUCAGAGCACCAAAGAUCUUGCUGUUCCUGUAGUGGUGUCUGAGUACCUGCACAGGAACAUUGCAGGUGAGUCCAUUGUUGAGGUAAUGCCAUCAGAAGGCCAUCUUCCACAGCUUAGCUCUCCUGAAAUUGUCAUUCCUGUUCUUCUCAGGCACAUUAGGUAUGAUAUUGAAGCUUGACAUCUGUAUUUGAAUCACAAAACUUUGAUGAUGAUUCUCUUGCAGUUGAUUAGUGUGUGAUUUGAUUAUUUGUAAAAUUCUUCAAUUAUGUAUCCUCUGAUGACGAUAUGUGUAAGCAAUAAUUGCAUCCUGUCUUUCCUGUCUUCUUUCACUUUU